GAGAAUAGUGGCAACUCUCGCGAGAGUAUAUUAAGGUCAUUUAUAAUUAAUCAUUGAGACUAAAGGGUAAAAACCAUGUCGGAGAAAGAAGUUGGGAAAAAGUGGGAUCGUUGCCUUGCUGACGCAACAGUCAAACUAGGUGCUGGUCUUGGCCUAGGAAUUGUGUUCUCGGUGAUCUUCUUUAAGAGAAAGACCUGGCCAUUAGCUUUUGGAUCUGGAAUGGGAAUAGGAAUGGCAUACUCCAAUUGUCAGCAUGAUUUCCAGUCUCCGUACCUCUUACAUGGAAAGUUUGUUAAAGACCAGUAAACAAUCUUAUGAGGCCAGUUUAUCAACUUAUCUGUCUAUUGUGCUACAGCCAUUGACCUGGCAGAAGAAAUGAGAAGUGGGACUGUUUUUAUUUACAAUUAUCAUGCAUCAACCGGCAACAUACUGUUUGCAUCAAGAGACUUGGGUAUGUUCUGUACCUGAGGUGUUUCUUUUAUGUUGUCUGAAACAGUAAAAGCAAAGUGAAGAAAUAAACACGUCCAAAAAAAAAAUUAAGCACA